AUGGACUCUGUCGCGGACAGCGUCACUGUGGCCCGGUUGGACUGUAUCGUUAAGCGAAGGUCGAUGACCCAAUGUAACGUGCAAAACGUAGCGUGUUCCCGUCCCAACGGUCUCAAGACGUCCGGUGUUACACGGCGAGGUUGGCGGAAAGCCGGUCACCUUCCGCAGCCGGCCGUUUCCAAGCCCGCUCGACGUUUACCGUCUGCCACCGCAACGGCGGCAGCUGCCUUUAGGGAUGUUUUAAUGUGA